UCUUGCUGCAGGUCACCGCGAGGACGUGUUCUUCCUGUGGUCGUUUGGCGGCGUGGCGGAGGGGCGGCUGCCGGGCGUGGUGGUCCCCGAGGUGUGGUACCACGCCUGCCACGUCUUUGAAAAGCGAGGCUACGUCGUCUAUUGGCAGGGCGAGGAGGUGUACACCGGGUCGCCGCAGGCCAGCUGGCCACUCCUCCUGAACGGGACGGUGGUGCUGGGCCAGGAGCAGGACCAGGUGGGCGGCGGUUUCGAUGCCACACAGGUGCUGCGUGGGGACGUCACGCAGGUGUACAUGUGGGGCCGCCUGCUGGAAGCCACCGCCGUACGUCGCCUGGCGUCGUGCGGGGAGCCACCUGCCCAGGACGUGCUCUUUUCCACCGACACCUCGCAGCUAGAGACUGUUGGCGCCCAAGAAAGCUGGCUGCCCGCCGCCAGCCUCUGCAGAGUGCAGCCGUUCUACGUCAUCCUACCAGAGGAGCGGAGUCUGGAAGCGUCGCGAACCCUGUGUGGAGUGCUGGGCGGCAGCCUAACAUUGCCCACCUCCAACGACGAGAACACACGCCUCACGCAGCAGUUGCGUCCUUUCAGUGAUGUGUGCGUGCCAACGGCACCUUGGAAACUGUGGCUGGGAGGAAAAGCGACGACGCCCGGCCGCUGGACGGGUCUGUCCACCGGGGAGCCACUCCGCUACCAGAACUUCCGCUUGACCUCCAACACCAACAACUCGGUGUACAGCUGCAUUGAACUGCGCCUCGACGGCUUCUGGGAGCCGGACUACUGCAAGGGGAAGCGCUGCACCGCCUGCAGCUUUGUGCGCUCCAGCUUCCUGCGCCUCCGUGGACUGUGUUUCGACAAGGAGCUGGAGGCCAGGUUCCGGGUGGAGGCAUCGCCGAGGGGGCGGCCGGUGCUGUGGAGCCACCUUGGGCUGCGACUGGCCUGGCACGCCGGCCCGGGCAGGUGGCAGCUAGAGGAUCCCAGCACAAACACCACGCUGCUGUGGGGCCUCGGGGUGGGCAGUGACUACCCCCUGGGGCGGCGAUCUUGGCGGCUGGCUACGGAAAUAUGUGGUUACCCAGAAGGACACACGCUGAACAUCAGCCUCUCCCACUGCGGCGCCCAAGAGUUCGUUUGCUCCACCGGUGAGUGCCUAGCGCCAAACCUGCGCUGCGACUUCCACCACGACUGUCCUGACCGUAGCGACGAGGCAGGCUGUGGCAUGGUGGAGGCGAGCAGUGACACGCUACUUCGUCAGGUGCCGCCGCCAGGGUCCGUCGAGGGGGCCGCCCUGCAGCUAGAAUCCGCCAUGACUCUUACGAGGGUGGCCGCCGUCGAUGACCUCAACAUGGCCAUCACUCUCGAGUUCCAGCUGACGCUCACCUGGACUGACCCCCGGAUCACCUUCCGGCACCUGGGGGCGGCCGGCGGGGAUGGCGCCAUGCUGAGCGAGGAGGACGCCGCGCGGCUGUGGCAGCCGCUGUUGCUUGUUGCACAGCUGGACGGCGACAGCCUCGAGCUGCUGGGCCACCGCUUCCAGGCCAGUACUGUGGCGCCCCCGUCACAGCCCAUCUUCAAUGACGUCAACACCGACGGGGUGUAUGAGGGCACCGGUGUGCGGCUGUCCCUGACGCAGAGGUUCCUGGCGCGGGUGGCCUGCUACCUGGAGCUGUACUCGUACCCUUUCGACCAGCAGCGGUGCGCCGUGGAGGUGCAGCUCUCGCCCGAGUCUGGCGGCGGAGCGUCGGUGAUAUUCGGGGCUGCAGCGGCGGAGGUGCAGUACACUGGGCCGGAAACGCUGGCCAUGUACACGGUGAAACACGUGGGCCGCGCCGAGGCCGGCCAGGGCACCUUCAGGGUGGAGUUCGAGCUGCACCGGCGGCAGGGCGUCAUCAUGCUCUCCACCUUCCUGCCGUCGGGGCUGCUGCUGCUGGUGAGCUGGGCCACGCUCUUCGUGGGCCUCAAGGAGGUGAACGUGCGCUGCAUCAUGUCCCUCACGACGCUCCUCGUCCUCUACACACUCUUCUCCAACAUGUCCCGCUCGCUGCCCGCCACGGCCUCCAUCAAGCUCAUCGACGUGUGGUUCUUCUUCAUCAUCUUCCUGCUCUUCACCAACAUCGUGGUGCACAUCUAUGUCCGCCCAGCAAAGCCUGCCGCCGCCGCCGCCGCCGCCACAGAAGUGAAGCUCUUCAUGCCCGCAGAGCCCCAGCCCAAUCCGCCGGAGCCCGCGGCGCCGCGACUGCUGCGCUGGUACAGGCUGCUCGUGCUGCCGCUGCUCGUGGCGCUCUUCAACAUCAUGUUUUGGCUGGUGGUGCUCAUGCAGUGACCGCCCU